CAGAGAUCAGCGCACCCCCUCUCAAAAGAGAACGCGCUCCGUCCAAUGGCCUGUCGGGGGCUCCUGUCUGUAAACACACGCAGGGUGCGUGUGCAUAUAUAUAACCCUCCCGGCAGCUGAGUCCAGCAUUUCUCCUCCGCUUUUUUCCUCCUCUUCCUCCUCCUGCUCUUCCUCCUUCGCUCCAGCUCUCUGCACCUGCCUGCAGCCGCUAGCCAUGUCCCACUCCGCAACCCAGGGAAGCAUCGGAAGCCACUCCUCUGGAGUAGGCCUACGCUCUCACAGAAUGUGCGUCUUCGAGUUUGAGAACUUCCAGGGCCGCAGGAUGGACAUCACCGGAGAGUGCCGGAACCUGUGCGAACGCGGGUUCGACAGGAUCGGGUCGAUCAGGGUCGAGUGCGGACCCUGGGUGGGGUUUGAGCACCAGAACUUAUCGGGAGAGAUGUUCAUGCUGGAGAAGGGGGAGUACCCGCGCUGGGACACCUGGUCAAACAGCUACAGGUGUGACCGUCUCAUGUCCGUCAGGCCUGUCCGCAUGGACCCUCAGGAUCAUAAGAUUUGCCUGUUUGAGUGUGUGAACUUCGAGGGCCGUAAGAUGGAGAUCUGUGACGAGGACAUCCCCAGCCUGUGGUCUUACGGCUUCCAGGACCGAGUGGCCAGCAUCCAGGUCACUGGGGGAACGUGGGUAGGCUACCAGUACCCUGGCUACCGUGGCUACCAAUACGUUUUCGAAUUCGGUCCUUACAAGCACUGGAACGAGUGGGGCGCCCACCACCCGCAGAUCCAGUCCAUACGCCGCGUGAGGGACAUGCAGACGCAUCGCCGCGGCUGCUUCGAGAUGAGCGCGUAG